AUGGCGUCUUCUUCAACUUCAUUUAAUCAAAAGAGCUUUAAGUAUCAUGUGUUCUUGAGCUUUAGAGGAGAAGACACACGUAAGACCUUCGUUGAUCAUCUUUACACUUCUCUUAAGCAAAAAGGUAUUCACACCUUCAGGGAUAACGAGGAACUCGAGAAAGGAAAACGGAUCGAUAAGCUCUUCAAAGCCAUUGAAAAGUCAAAGUUCUUUAUCAUUGUUUUCUCCAAAAACUAUGCAUCUUCUUCUUGGUACCUGGAGGAACUUGCGAAGAUUAUAAAGUGUCAAGAUGAGAAUGAUCAGACUGCUUACCCACUCGUUUAUGAUGUGGAGCCCAGCGACAUCCGCAAACUAAGUGGGCCAGUUGGAAGAGCAAUCACCAAACAUAAGACUAACGAACAGAUUAAGAAAUGGGUAAAGGCUCUGGAAAGUGCAGGCAAUCUGGUUGGGUGGGAUCUGAAAAACAUUGCUAAUGGGCAUGAAGUUGAAGCCAUCAAAAGAAUUGUUAAAGAAAUUUCACUCAAGUUAAGGUCAAUUCAUUUGAGCAAUGAUGAAAAUGUAAUAGGCAUGGACCGCGGGAUGCAAGAUAUGGAAUCGGCUUUGGGGAUCGGUUUGAAUGAUAAAGCGCGCAUGAUAGGGAUCAAGGGGAUGGGAGGCAUUGGGGAGACAACUUUAGCCAGAGCUAUUUUAGAUAAUGUAUCUGUUGAACACGACUCUUUAUGUGGGAAACAACAAUACUUUUAUUAA